GCCGACAGCAGCACCGCCACCCACCGUAAACCAUGGUUAAGGAGAAGACUCACAUCAACCUCGUCGUCAUCGGCCACGUCGAUGCCGGCAAGUCGACGACCACCGGCCACUUGAUCUACAAGUGCGGCGGCAUCGACAAGCGUACCAUCGAGAAGUUCGAGAAAGAGGCGGCCGAGCUCGGCAAGGCGUCCUUCAAGUACGCGUGGGUGCUCGACAACCUCAAGGCCGAGCGCGAGCGCGGCAUCACGAUCGACAUCGCCCUCUGGAAGUUCGAGUCGCCCAAGUUCUACUUCACGGUCAUCGACGCGCCCGGCCACCGCGACUUCAUCAAGAACAUGAUCACGGGCACGUCCCAGGCGGACGUCGCGAUCCUCGUGAUCGACUCGUCCGUGGGCGGCUUCGAGGCCGGUAUCUCCAAGGACGGCCAGACGCGCGAGCACGCGCUCCUCGCGUUCACGCUCGGCGUCAAGCAGAUGAUCGUCGCGUGCAACAAGAUGGACGACGUGUCCGUCAAGUACGGCGAGGCCCGCUACAAGGAGAUCAAGCAGGAGGUGUCCGGCUACCUCAAGAAGGUCGGCUACAAGCCCAUGAAGAUCCCCUUCAUCCCCAUCUCCGGCUGGGCGGGCGACAACAUGAUCGACAAGUCGACGAACAUGGGCUGGUACAAGGGCCCCUACCUCCUCGAGGCCCUCGACAACUGCAACCCCCCGAAGCGCCCGACGGAGAAGCCCCUCCGCCUCCCGCUCCAGGACGUCUACAAGAUCGGCGGCAUCGGCACCGUGCCCGUCGGCCGCGUCGAGACGGGCGUGCUCAAGCCCGGCAUGGUCGUCACGUUCGCGCCGGCCCAGCUCUCCACGGAGGUCAAGUCCGUCGAGAUGCACCACGAGUCGCUCCCCGAGGCCGUGCCCGGCGACAACGUGGGCUUCAACGUGAAGAACGUCUCCGUCAAGGACCUCCGCCGCGGCUUCGUGUGCGGCGACUCCAAGCAGGACCCGCCCAAGGGCGCGGACACCUUCUUCGCCCAGGUCAUCAUCAUGAACCACCCCGGCCAGAUCUCGGCGGGCUACUCGCCCGUGCUCGACUGCCACACGGCCCACGUCGCGUGCAAGUUCCAGGAGCUCAACCAGAAGAUGGACCGCCGCUCCGGCAAGGUGCUCGAGGAGAACCCCAAGUUCGUCAAGUCCGGCGACGCGUGCAUGGCCACCCUCGCGCCCACGAAGCCCCUCUGCGUCGAGUCGUUCGCGGAGUACCCGCCGCUCGGCCGCUUCGCCGUCCGCGACAUGCGCCAGACGGUCGCCGUCGGCGUCAUCAAGACGGUGACCAAGUCCGAGAAGGAGGGCAAGGCCACCAAGUCCGCGGCCAAGAAGAAGUGAGGGUUUGCCGCGACCCUGUUCGGCACACCUGUCGCCCACGCGAAGCACCGGUCCGACGGCCCGGACGGCAGACGCGGCCCCCGGCGACGCGGUUCCCGGCGACGCGCGCGCAUCGCGCGCCCCGCCGUCCGCGACGUCGACGGCCUCGUCUCCGCGCCGGUCCUGCCCGACCCGUGCUCUCGACGCCCGCCACAUGCACCACCCCGAGGGGUCGCACCACACCACAGAAGACGCAACUCGACGUGGGGUGCGCGCGCGAUUUCCUACCCACCGCCCUUCCGUAUAGGAAAGUGAGUGAUGCUACUCCG